AUGCAAGACGAGUGUACGAUUUCGAAGAGGAACUUUGAGCAGCGGAGGCCUACGAAGGUGCUGAAAAUAGCUGAAAGCUUUACGAACUUGGAUGAGAUAGCUAAAUCUGGCAGGUUCGUACGGGGUCCUAACUCAAAGGUUGGGAAGAGGUUCGUUGAAAAUGGUGGACGAAGUAGACGCGCGUGUUGUGAUGAUGAUUGUGCGGAGUCGAGUGUGAGUGAUGGUGAAAAACUUGGUGAUCGUAAGGUUACGGGGUCUUCAUGCACAGCUCUCCGAACAGCAGUCGCGGCGCUUUACCCUUUUGAUGACUUUACUUUGGAGAAGAUUGGGACAGGCUUCUUCUCUGAAGUCUUUAAACGCAGGAUGUUGUCUUUGAUAGUGUUGGAAGUUCACGCGUCCGCCAACGGUUUA